UAUAGAUUCUAGAUUGAUCUAGCAGUAGAAGUCUAAUUAUUAAUUAGCAAUUAAAAACUUGAAUCAACAAGAUCCAGACCUAUUGUCUAUUGAGUCAAUAAGAAUGGAUCGCCAGUUUGGACCCACUAAGCUACUUGAAGCAGCCAGUACUGGCCACGUUGCUGAAGUUUUGCAGCUGUUGACUGAUCCGUCAGUGCACAUUGAUGUCAGUGAUAUUCUCAAUAAAACAGCUCUCUGGUUUGCUGUUGAAAGUGGGAAUCCCACAGCGGCAAAAACUCUUUUAGAGGCUGGGGCUAACAUUAACAAAACACAUCGCUCUAAGCAAACAGUUUUAAUGCUAGCAGUCAUGAAAAAUAACCUGGAGCUUGUGAAACUUUUAACAGAUUCUGGAGCCGAUCUUGAUUUGACUGAUUCAUUUGGCAUGACAGCAACGAUGAUCGCAACACAGAAAAACCAUCUUGAGUGUUUAAGACAUUUGUUAAGUUGUGGUGGUCAGUUAAACAUGAAAGACAUUCGUGGGAAAUCAGCUUUAAUGAUCGCAGUUGAAGAAGGACAUCACGAUUGUUUAGAACUUUUAAUAGAAGCAAAGGCAGAGUUGGCUUUUACAGAUUUUAACAACCACACGCCCAUGGUGACAGCCAUUCUCAAGGACCAUCACUCUUGUUUACAAACUUUAAUCAAAGCAGGAGUUGACCCUAACAUGGUGGAUAGACACAACCAAACAGCCAUCAUAGCCGCUGUGGACGGCCACUGUGAAUGUUUACAGACAUUAAUUAAAGCUGGUGCCAAUGUAAAUCGGACGGACCGUAAAAACCGGUCGGCUCUUAUGCUGGCUGCAGGAUACGGAAACGUUGAUUGUGUUGCGUGUCUUAUACAAGCCGGAGCUGAUGUGAAUUUUCAGGGGGAUUGUGAAAGGUCCGCGCUGAUGUGGGCGACAAUAAAUAACCACGUGAGUUGUGUUGAGCAUUUGUUAAACCACGGAGCGGCCCGGUGUUUACAAGACGACGAUGGUAAAACAGCUGCAAUGAUGGCUGCGGAGAAAAACCAUCCUGAUUGCUUGUCCCCACUGAUUGCUGGGUUAGGGGAGGAAGAAUUGAAUACAUGCUGCUCCCUAGGACAAACUGCUGUGAUGUAUGCUGUGAAAGGGUGUCAUGUCAAAUGUCUACAGUGUUUAAUCCAGUCUGGCGCGUCUGUAAACAAGGCAUCCAAAUCAAAAGAGACGGCUCUAAUUCUUGCAGUAAAAAAUGCGUGCAAUUAUUUCUCCCAGCAUAGGAAGUUGAAUUUUGCAUUUGGUAGUUCAGACGUUACAGAAUGUGUUCAGUAUCUCAUUGAUGCUGGGGCCAGGCUAGACUCGUACAGCUUGGGGAAAACACCACUCAUGUACGCGUCAAUGUUCCAGCAUUGUAUUCCCAUCUUGGAGCUUUUGGUGAAAGGUGGAGCUAAUGUUGAACUGUGUGAUUUUAAUGGUAAGACACCAUUGGCAUUAGCCGUCAGUGAAAGUUUAGUGGAAAAUGUGAGAUUUCUUCUUAAUGCCGGAUCAAGUGUGAACAAAACAGACUUAAUCGGCAAGACACCGCUGAUUUAUGCCAUCGAACAUGGGUGGAACAAUAAUUCUUCCGAGUGUAUUCAGUGUCUUUUAGAUUAUGGGGCGGAUGUCCAUGUUCAGGACAAACAAGGGAAGACAACUCUGAUGUACUGUGUUAAAAAUUCUUCAGAUACUGUGAUCUUAAAGCUGUUGGUUGAGAGAGGUGUUGGUGUCAAUGUUGUUGAUACAGAGGGCGCUUCAGCGCUGACCUAUGCUAUUGGAUCUGACUCCUUAGCAUUAGACCACGCGGAAGUUUUAAUCAGCGCAGGUGCUGACCCUAAAGUCGGAACAUUUAAAGGCAAAACUGUUGUCCCUCUAGCUCUUUACCACAGAAACGUUCAGCUGUUAGAACUGCUGAUAUCGCAAGGUGCUGAACUAAACAUGGAGUGGGACGAAUUCAGAUUUCUCAUUGUCUCUGAUGAGAAAGAAAUCCUGCAGCUAAUGAUCUCUAAUGGAAUUAUGCCACCUAUGGCAGAAAGUUGCAUGCCUUUUAGUGGUGGGUCCUCUGCAAUUGGUGCAUCUUUUUCAGCCUGUCGUCUCGAAUAUGCAAAAUACUUAAUCUGCGUGGGAUAUUUAUACAGAUUUGAUUUGUUUGGUAAGUACUAUAUCCACACGACAACAGGCUCAAUGUUUUAUCAAGAAGACAGAGAUAAACUACUCAGGGAUAGGGCUAGUUUGUUGGUAGAAAUUUAUUCCCAGCCGUGGCCUCUGGUUAAGUUGUGUUUCGUUUCCGUCUCCACCUUGCUGGGCACUGGACCCAAACGCCUGGAGCGCAUCAAAGAAUCUCAGCUACCUGGCAGACUUCAGAGACUCCUGUUAUUCCAAGAGCCCAUCACUAAGCUGUGCAUUCAUCAGUGGCAGUCCAUAUCGUUAUGUUUUGACCCUAUGGUGUACGAGACCCUCCCCUGUCCCCGCCCGUUGUUGUAUUACUGGCCGUAUGGAAGGAAGCUGGUGGAGAAUGACUGCGAUAUCUGUACAAACACAUGCUAUAGAUUUUUAUAGCCAGUAUCUCUAUUAGGGUAAGAAUUUUUUAAAAACUUUGUUUGAUUGUUAACUUAAACUUUUUUCUCAGAAAUAUUGAUAAAAAAUAAUAUUUUUCAUGUUUGAGAUUGGUUAAAUUUAUUUAUGGCUUUGUUGUACCCACUCCAAGGUUAUUGACCUGCAGCAUCAGUGCCAAUAUUAACUGGUUUUGAAAAAUGAGAACAAAUGUGUGUAUAAAAAUAAAAUAAUAUUGUGAUGAGGAUUCAGCUGUUUGACA